GAAUUUCCUUUUUCCCCUUCCCCUUCCUGUUUCAAGUGUGCGAUGGAGACCCGAACACGUUUGUAGUAGCAUAGGUAGUAUCACCAAUGUUACUCUGUACCCAACUGCCUAUAUACUCCAAUGAUUGGACUGCUAGUGCCUCCUUAGCACCAGCGCCUAUGCAGGGCUUUACAUGUUCGUCAAUCAAUUUAUUGGUUCAUUUACUCGAUACCGAACACUCUGUUAUUGUUUUGUUUUGAGCGCAAGGUCCAUACCGCAGUUAUCGAGUGAUCAGUGGUCACCUAUAAUAAAAGAUGAGUAUCAUUGUCUGAUCAGCUCCUUAAUCGAAAUCUAAGAAUACUUCUACUUAUUCUUCUUCUUCUACUUGUUUCAGAAUAUGCUCCGUGGCGGCAAAAAUAAAAACCAUUACAAAGUAUUUCUUGGAUCAAUUUUCACCUCGGUUCCAAAAAGAACGGGAAUUCCACCCAAGACCAACUAAGUAAAGAGACUUGGCAUCAAGUAAUGACACUGCAUUAGGUGCAUAUCUCUUUGUCGGGCCUUACGAUGUGUUGUCAGCGCACAUAAUGUGAGGAAGAGCGGUAAGGGAGAUUUUUUCGUUGUUGAGAUCGUGAGAGUUUUCCCUUUCCAAGUUCAUCGCACUUUUUG